AUGAUGGGGGCUUUGCUCCGGAAUUCGUUCACCAUUUAUCUUAAAGGGCUAGAAAUGUCCCAUAAGCAUCAAAGAAUUUCGGCAAAGACCAGGAAAAAAUGUUAUGUGCAUUGCCAAAGUGGAAGCAACGUGACAAAGAGUGACAAGUUCACACCUAUUUUGUCCGAGAGAUCCACGUCGAAAAACACAGGUCAUGGGGCAGCCAUAAUGGAUCCAAGCAGCAGCUUGGUAUUGAACCCAAAUGGGAAGAAUUCAGCUGAUCUUGUGGCUAAGGACCUGGCACCUUAUAAUGGGGCAUCGAGUACGUUAGCUCAAGUCCAGGAGGGGAUUGGGAUUGUCAAGUUCCUCAGGGGGAAGACUUUCUUUGUCACUGGUGCAACUGGGUUUUUAGCUAAAGUUCUUAUAGAAAAGAUCCUAAGGACAGUGCCUGAUGUGGGUAAGAUUUAUGUCCUAAUCAAGGCAAAGAACAAGGAAGUUGCAUCAAAGAGAUUAAAAAAUGAGAUCAUGAAUACAGAGAUUUUCAAGUGUCUCCAACAAAUCCAUGGGAAGUCAUAUGAAACCUUCAUGCUUAGCAAGCUUGUCCCGGUGGUUGGUAAUAUUUGUGAAUCUAAUCUUGGGUUAGAUGAGGCUUCGACGAGCAUGAUUGCUGAAGAUGUAGAUGUUAUAGUGAAUUCUGCUGCUAAUACCAAUUUCCAUGAAAGGUAUGAUGUUGCAGUUGAUAUCAACACACGAGGACCUGGCCGGGUAAUGGCCUUUGCCAAAAAGUGCAGGAAGCUUAAACUCUUCCUGCAAGUUUCGACUGCUUAUGUGAAUGGACAAAGGCAAGGGAGAAUUAUGGAGAGGCCAUUUAGGAAAGGAGAAAGCAUCACGGAGGAAAACAUUGUAAAUGGGAGUCUACCUUGUCCAAUGCCUCUUUUGGAUGUUGAGGGUGAGCUAAACCUAGCUUUUACAUCAGCAGAAGGUUUUGAAGAGAAUAAAGUAUCCCAGAAGAUGAAAGAGUUAGGCCUAGAGAGGGCAAGAAAAUACGGCUGGCAAGAUACUUAUGUGUUCACCAAGGCUAUGGGAGAGAUGCUGCUUGGCAGUACGAGAGGAGAUGUACCAGUGGUCAUCCUUCGACCUAGUGUCAUCGAAAGCACUUAUCAAGAUCCAUUCCCUGGAUGGAUUGAAGGCAAUAGGAUGAUGGAUCCAGUAGUUACAUACUAUGGAAAAGGAUUGCUGUCUGGUUUCCCAGUUGACCCGUUUGGGGUGAUUGAUGUUGUUCCAGCUGAUAUGGUUGUUAAUGCUACAUUAGCAGCUAUUGCAAAGCAUGGAACGGCUGGGAAACCAGAAAUAAGUGUAUAUCAAGUAGCUUCAUCAGUUGAAAACCCAUUGGUUUAUGGAGAUUUAGGGGACUUGCUUCACCAAUACUUCACGAGAUGGCCAUGCCUAGACACACAAGGAAGACCAAUUCAAGUCGAGCCCUUUAAGUUCUAUGGAUCAAUGGAUGAUUUCUCGUCUCAUAUAUGGAGAGAGACAGUACGUUACAUUAGUUCGUCUAUGAUGCCAUCACCUAAUGGAAAACAGUCAAAGAAAAUUGAAAAUUUAUGUAGGAAAGCUGUGGAGCAAGCUAAACACCUCGCCAGUGUAUAUGAACCAUACAGCUUUUAUGGUGGAAGGUUUGAUAACAGCAGUACAAGUUCAUUGAUGGAGAGCAUGUCGGAUGAGGAGAGUAGGACGUUCUACUUUGACGUUGGGAGCAUAAAUUGGACGGAUUACAUAUGCAGUAUCCAUAUUCCCGGUCUGAGGAAGCAUGUCAUGAAAGGAAGAGGACAGAGCAGCUAACUUGUAGUAGUAUAAUUUAUUUUUACAUCAGUGUUUGUUAAGUAAAUCCAAAUCCUUUUGUGUUCAUUUCAAAAAAAUAAAAUUAAUUUGUAUGCCUAUUUUCAUGCCAUUUAUAUGAUUAACACCCUUAAUCGAGGCAUCAAAGUGAUAGAAAUGAAUGAUGUUGCCUUGAAUAAACGAAUGUAAUUCAUCAUGUAUGUAAUGACAAGCUCCUCGGAAAAGGGUUUUACUUUCGUGUAUUGGAAGGAUUGUAGCUGUGCUACUUUAGAACUGAA